UGGCGCCGCGCCUCGUGGCCGCCAUGCCGGUCGCCCUCAGCCCCGCGGCCGCCCCGGGCUUGCAGGAGGCGCUGGAGAACGCGGGCCGCAUCAUCGACCGCCAGACCCAAGAGGACCGCUGCUACCCGGACCUCUCCGAGUUGCUGGCCGUGCCGGCGCCCGGAUGUCCCACAGUUUCUGGAAUGUCAGAUAUGGAUUACCCGUUACAAGGACCUGGUUUACUUUCUAUUCCCAAUCUCCCAGAGAUCAGCUCAAUCCGAAGAGUUCCUCUACCCCCUGAACUGGUUGAACAAUUUGGACAUAUGCAGUGCAACUGUAUGAUGGGAGUGUUUCCUGAGAUAAACAGGGCAUGGCUGACCAUUGACAGUGACAUCUUUAUGUGGAACUAUGAAGAUGGGGGAGAUCUCGCUUAUUUUGAUGGUCUCAGUGAAACUAUUCUUGCUGUUGGUCUUGUAAAACCAAAAGCAGGAAUCUUUCAGCCACAUAUAAGGCACUUGCUGGUUUUGGCUACUCCUGUGGAUAUUGUCAUUUUAGGUCUCAGCUAUGCAACCUUGCAAGCAGGUUCUGGAUCUCUUAAUGACAGCAUGUCUGGUGGAAUGCAGCUUCUCCCAGAUCCACUCUACUCACUUCCCACUGAUAACACAUAUUUGCUGACUAUAACUUCAACAGAAAAUGGGCGUAUUUUUUUGGCUGGCAAAGAUGGCUGCUUGUAUGAAGUUGCUUACCAGGCUGAAGCAGGCUGGUUCAGCCAGCGUUGCAGGAAGAUUAAUCAUUCAAAGAGCGCCCUUUCUUUCCUUGUUCCAUCCUUGCUUCAGUUCACUUUCUCGGAAGAUGAUCCCAUCGUUCAGAUUUCCAUCGACAACUCCCGAAAUAUCUUAUACACACGCUCCGAAAAAGGUGUGAUACAGGUUUACGAUUUAGGUCGAGAUGGUCAAGGAAUGACGAGAGUCGCUUCCAUUUCCCAGAACAGCAUCGUUUCAGCUGCUGGAAAGAUUGCCAGGACCAUAGAUCGCUCUGUAUUUAAGCCGAUUGUGCAGAUAGCAGUGAUAGAGAAUUCUGAAUCUAUAGACUGUCAGCUGUUGGCUGUCACUCAUGCAGGUGUGCGAAUGUAUUUUAGUACAGGUCCAUUCAAGCAUCCAUUCACUCGUCCUUCAGCAUUAAUGUUGGUUCAUAUCCGCCUGCCCCCAGGGUUUUCUGCUGCUUCUAAUGUAGAAAAACCAUCAAAGGUGCACCAAGCUCUGUAUAGCAAAGGGGUUCUUCUGAUGGCAGCAUCAGAAAAUGAGGACAAUGAUAUCCUGUGGUGUAUUAACCACGAUUCUUUCCCUUUCCAAAAGCCGAUGAUGGAAACCCAGAUGACCACCCAUGUUGACGGACACUCUUGGGCUCUUUCUGCAAUCGAUGAACAGAAAGUUCAGAAGAUUGUAACUCCCCUGAAUAAAGACCUGGUUCCAAUAACUGACUCUCCUGUAGUUGUGCAACAGCAUUUGCUGCCUCCAAAGAAAUUUGUUCUCCUUUCGGCACAGGGAAGUCUUAUGUUUCAUAAACUCAGGCCAGUGGAUCAGCUGCGACAUCUUUUUGUGUGCAACGCAGGAAGUGAUGGAGAAGAGAUUGAAAGAUUUUUCAAAUUGCACCAGGAAGAUCAGGCUUGCGCCACAUGCCUGAUCCUCGCCUGCUCAGCUGCUGCCUGUGAUAGAGAAGUUUCUUCUUGGGCUACUCGAGCAUUUUUCAGGUAUGGUGGAGAAGCACAGAUGCGGUUUCCUUCUGCCCUGCCUCCUCCGAGUAACGUAGGAUCUAUAUUGGGCUCUCCUGUUCCACCUAGUUCCCCUAUGACUACUAGCAGCCCUUACCCUAAUCCAAGUUUUUUGGCAACACCAAUGCCAGGUGCCCAGCCUCCUACGGUAUCGACGCCAGUGUAUGCUUCAGGAGGUUACAUGUCUCAGCCUGGGACUUCAGCUGGCGGCAUGAUGGGCCCUGAGAUCGUAUUUUCUGGCAAGCACAAUGGCAUCUGCAUAUAUUUCGCUCGAAUUGUAGGGAACAUUUGGGAUGCAAGUAUAGUUGUGGAGAGAGUUUUCAAGAGCGGCAAUCGAGAAGUCGUAGCUGUUGAAAGCAGCGUUCCAACACAGAUGCUAGAAUCUGUGCUGCAGGAAUUAAAAGGCCUGCAGGAAUUUUUGGAUAGGAAUUCACAAUUUGCAACAAUGGGGGCCCUUAGAAAUCCUAGCUUUGCCACACCAGCUAACCUGCAGCAGAGGUUGCUGGGCUUCAUACGACCUGACGGUGGAAGUUCUCAGCAGGUGCAACAAGAGCUCCAAAGGAAGUUUCAUGCAGAGGCACAGUUAACUGAGAAGGCCUCCCUACAAGGCAUCCAGCAGCUUGUUUGCAAAACCUGCCAGGCCUUAGCAUUGUGGAAACUUCUUUGUGAACACCAAUUCAAUAUUGUCGUAGGGGAACUUCAGAAGGAGUUUCAGGAACACCUGAAGGUCACCACUUUCCGAGACUUAGUGAUCAGGGACAAAGAGCUGACCGGAGCCCUCAUCGCCUCCCUCAUCAACUGCUACAUCAGAGACCAUGCUGCUGUGGACGGCAUCAGUACGCAUCUGCAGGACAUCUGCCCGCUGCUCUACAGCACAGAUGACGCCAUCUGCUCAAAGGCAAAUGAACUACUUCAGAGGUCCCGACAAGUGCAAAACAAAUCUGAAAAAGAAAAGAUGCUAAGAGAAUCAUUGAAAGAAUAUCAGCGGAUUAGCACACAAGUUGACCUUGCUAACGUCUGUGCUCAGUAUAGACAAGUGCGCUUCUAUGAGGGUGUCGUAGAGCUGGCUCUCACCGCUGCAGAGAAAAAGGACCCUCAAGGCCUUGGACUCCAUUUCUAUAAAAAUGGAGAGCCAGAAGAGGAGGUCAUCGGGCUUCAGGCUUUCCAGGAAAGAUUGAACAGCUAUAAGUGCAUUACAGACACGCUUCAAGAGUUGGUCAAUCAAAGUAAAGCAGCUCCACAGUCUCCCAGUGUUCCCAAAAAGCCUGGUCCUCCUGUCUUAUCAUCUGAUCCGAAUAUGCUAAGCAAUGAAGAAGCGGGGCAUCAUUUUGAACAAAUGCUAAAAUUGGCACAGCGUUCUGGAGAUGAACUUUUCAGUAUUGCUCUUUACAACUGGCUUAUCCAAGCUGAUCUUGCUGAUAAGCUGCUGCAGGUAAACUCUCCCUUUCUGGAGCCAUAUCUAGUGCGUAUGGCCAAAGUUGAUCAAAACAAAGUUCGCUACAUGGACCUGCUGUGGAGGUACUUUGAGAAAAACAGAAGCUUCAGUAAUGCAGCCAGAGUGCUGGCAAAAUUGGCUGACAUGCACAGCACCGAGAUUUCACUCCAUCAGCGUCUUGAAUAUAUUGCACGUGCCAUUUUGAGUGCCAAGAGUUCAACCGCCAUUUCACCCAUAGCUGCAGAUGGUGAAUUUUUACAUGAAUUGGAAGAGAAAAUGGAAGUUGCCAGGAUACAGUUUCAAAUACAAGAGGCGUUACAGCGUCAGUGUUCCCAUCAUACUUCAGUGCAAGAUGCAAUUUCACAGCUGGACUCUGAGUUGAUGGACAUAACAAAGCUAUAUGGGGAAUUUGCUGAUCCAUUCAAACUCUCUGAAUGUAAACUGGCUAUUAUCCACUGUGCGGGUCAUUCAGACCCUAUCUUGGUACAGACACUCUGGCAAGAAAUCAUUGAGAAAGCACUGAGUGACAGCGUGGCUAUGAGCCCUGCAGACAGGAUGCAGGCUCUUAGCCUGAAGAUGAUAAUGCUUGGCAAAAUCUAUGCUGGGACACCUCGCUAUUUUCCUUUAGAUUUUUUAGUGCAGUAUCUGGAACAGCAAGCUUGUUCCUUGAACUGGGAUGUGGGGUUUGUAACCUACACCAUGCAAGAAAUUGGCGUGCCACUCCCAAGGCUUCUUGAAGUGUAUGACCAGUUAUUCAAAGCACGGGACCCAUACUGGAGCAAAAUGAAGAAACCUUUGCACCUUCUGGAAUGCAUUCAUGUAUUAUUGUCAGGCUAUGUGCAAGAUCCUAACAGAGUGCUUACCUAUGAGAGACGGAGAUUCACAAACAUUUGCUUGGAUGCUGUUAGCGGUUACCUUGUUGAAUUGCAGUCCAUAAGUCCAACACUAGUUGUACAGACCAUUAUAGGGAAUUUUAAAUCUCUACAAGCCAAGUUGGAGCGACUUCAUUGACUACAGGGGUGCAUAAUUUUAUGCAUAACUGCUUGUACAGAUGGAACGAACU